UUGAAUGGGAAAGGAAACUCUGAACGAACUUUGCAUCAUUUCAGGUUACGCCGUGCACCACCGCAAGAAAAGGAGGAAGCACCAGCUGAACAGACGGAAGCUGAAAAAGCUAUGCUUGCUGCGAAAAAAAGACAUGAAGAAGAAGAAGCCGCAAAGAUUCAAGAUUACGAAGAACGAAGGCGAGUUGAAAAAGAGCAAAUUGAGGAAGAACUGAGAGCCCUCAAGGAAAAGCAAGAGCAGCGAAGACUUCAGCGGGAACAAGAAGAACGCGAAUUCGCAGAAAGACAACGUCAGAACGAGGAAAAACGACGACAAGAGGAGGAAGAAAGCAAAGCACGCAUCGAAGCAGAAAAGCGUCGACGGGAAGAAGAAAGAAAGAAACGACAGAAUCUGAUGGCCGGAUCAUUUACUGCUGGAACCGGAGGAGGUGGAAAGAACUUCGUUAUUCGCAAGCAGGAAAAAGGCGACCAAAUGAAAAAUCUUGCACAAGAGCCACUUGAUGAUGGAAAAGCUGCUGCCAGACAAGCAUUUGUAGAAGCAGUUCAACGUCGGAUAGCAAAUGUGGCUGAUCUGUUACCAAAUGAUCUAAAGUAUCAAAUCAAGCAAUUACAUGCACGUAUCGUUAAGCUCGAAGGUGAAAAGUAUGAUUUGGAGAAGCGACAUGAACGUCAGGAGUAUGAUUUAAAAGAGCUUCAUGAACGUGAACGUCAGGUUGCGCGUAACAAAGCUUUGCAGAAGGGUUUGGAUCCAGAAGAAGCAGCUGCUUCGAUACAUCCGCCAAAAAUCAAUGUGGCAUCGAAAUUUGAUCGUCAGAUUGACCGACGUUCGUAUGGUGACCGUCGUAAUCUUUACGAACAUCCGGCAAUAAAGAAACAGCCCAAAAUUGCUCACGGAACUGCCCGACCGCCACCAGAAUGGGGACGUCGUGAAAAUGAAGAACUUGAACAGAUUCGUAAAAACUUAGAACCACCAAAAUACAUAGAACAAGUAAAAGCAGACGGUGAUGCGGCUCGACCGCCUAUUGCCCCUAUUCCUCUAAGUGUGCCAGGUGUGGAUGAAGUUGAGGAGGACGAUAUAAUAGUUACCGCUUCAUUUAUAUAA